GCUCAGAACUAGUUUCACUUUCGCAGAAGCUGGAGCCCUCCUCCAGCUUCUGUUAGUUCGGAGGAGGAGGAGUCCAGGAUCCGGUAUAAAGACUCCAGGCUGUGUACUUUAAGUCACACAUGACAAACCUAGUCUGAGACUCAGACCAUCACGAGCAGCUCCUCAGCUCUAACAGACCCGACAGACCCGCUGCAGACCGGAUUACCUGCAGGAUCUUACAGGACUCGGAUCAGGAUUUUACACUUUGGGUCUACAACAAAACCGAGCUUCAACCCGCUGCUGGUCUCAGAACAAAACGGAUGUCAGUCUGGUGGUCAGAGAUGGGAGAGAGUCUGGGGUCUCUCUCCCCUGUAGGAUGGUAGCCAACAGCGCUGUGGAAGGCCUUAAUAAGAAGCAUCUAUCAACCUCCUCAUCAUCAUCAUCCUCCUCCUCAUCCUCCUCCUCGUCUUCCUCCUCUGCCUCCUCCUCCUCGUCUUCCUUCUCUUCGUCGCCCUCUCUGGCCCGGCGCAGCGACCUCGCUCCGAGCCCUCAGCUUAUCGAGUCCCAGCAGUUCCAGCGUCAGGCUGCUCCAGACCUGAGCCAGAGGUCUCCCUCCAUCCCCUCCAUCUACCAGACGCACUUCCGCACCUUCUCCGCGGAGGACUGCAAGAUCGUCACGGACACGGCGUCCAAGCUGGAGUGCUGCGGUUUCUACUGGGGCCCGCUGGGAGUGGAAGACGCUCACCGCAUGCUGAGGGAGGCUCCGCUAGGAAGCUUCCUGAUCCGAGACAGCCGCCAGAAAGACGUCCUCUUCACGCUCUCCUACCACGCCAAGAGCGGCCCCGUCAGCAUCCGCAUCGACUACAAGCGGCAGAAGUUCUCACUAGCGGGGAACGAGCGCUCCUUCCCGACGCUCUUCGCCCUCUUGGAGCAUUACAUCCAUUCUCCCAAGAAGAGCCUGAGCGACCCGUACAGGAAAUGGGAGCCGACGCUGCAGGAGCUGUGCAGGAAACGCAUCAUCGGGCUCUGUGGUGGAGGAAGCCACGUACAAGAACUGCCUCUGACACGAGUGGUCCAGGACUUGCUGCUGGAGUUCCCUUACAAUCUGUGACUAGCUCACCUGCCAGAGUUCUGGUGGUCUUGUUCUUACUCUCAGGUACUGAGCUUCCACUGAGUGACCCCGAGUCUUCAGUGGAGCUUCUUCCCCGUGUGUGGGACG